GGAAAACAUGGACACGCAGGUUGCCCUGAGCACGGUGGGGCGGCUGGCCGGCAUCCCUAGCGGCGGCUGCUUCGGGUUCGCAGGCACCAAGGACAAGCGGGGGGUCACCUGCCAGUUCGUCACGGCGUUCAAGGUGUCUGCCUCCCGCCUAGCCGCCCUCAACUCCCGCCUCCGCGGCAUUCGUCUGGGCGACUUCUCCUUCGCCGAGGAGGGACUUCGACUGGGGCGGCUGGCAGGCAACGAGUUCCACCUGGUCAUGAGGGACGUACGACCCACGGGUCACUUGCAGCAGCCGCAGGGGCAGCGGGAAGCUGGCAGCAGCAGCAGCAGCACUGCGGCUGCUGCUGCGGUGGAGGAGGUGAUUGCGGAGGUGGCGACGGCUUGUGAGGCGGUUGCUCGCAACGGUUUCAUCAACUACUUUGGGUUGCAGCGCUUUGGAACGGGCGGCGCGCCUACCCAUCAGGUGGGUCGAGCGCUGUUGCGAGGCGAGUACGAACAUGCGGUACGGAUGGUGCUGACGGGGCGACCUGACGAGCGACCGGACAUUGCGGCGGCUCGACGGCUGUUCUUCGAGAAGGGAGAUGUCAAGGGCGCCCUACGCGGCAUUCCCCCCUUCAUGCUGGCUGAACGGGCGGUGCUGGGCGCGUUAGCGCGGCAGGGGC